UCAAAAUUCAACCCAGGAAGGGUUUAUUAUAGCUAGCAAUAUCAUAAAAUCCCCCAAAUUUUGAUUCUUUCGUUUUCUUGUUCGUAAUUUCGGAGAAAGUUUUCGACUUUAUGCUAUGAGACUCAUCUUCUAGGAUUAUAAGUAACAGAGAGUUGUUGGCCUUUGUUUUGUUAUGUAUUCUCUGAUACUCCAUGGGAAAAGGUUUGGUGAGUUGCAGAAAUGGCGUAAUCUUAGAUUUGUUAUACAAAGUAAUGCAUUUGCUUUUUCAAAUUCGUUCUCCUCUGCUACUGCUACUGCUACUGCUAGUGCUGCUGCUGAUACUGAUGAUGUGAGUCUUGUUAGUGUUGGUCGAAAAGGUAAGAACUUUACAGUCUCUUACCUCGUUGGUUCAUUGGGGUUAACUACAAAGCUCGCUGAGUCGAUUUCGAAGAAGGUCAGGUUCGAGGACAAGUCAAAUCCUGAUUCUGUUCUGAAGCUUUUGAGAAAGCAUGGGUUUACAGAUUCUCAGAUCUCCAGCAUCGUUACGAGUUAUCCACGGUUGCUUUUAACUGAUGUUAAGAAAUCACUUGGUCCAAAGCUUCAGUUUUUACAGUCUAGAGGAGGUUCAAGCUCUGAGCUCACUGAGAUUGUUUCUUCAGUUCCGAGAAUCUUGGGAAAGAGAGGGCAAAAAACCAUCAGUGUGUACUAUGAUUUCAUCAAAGACACUUUACUUGAUACGAGCUGUUCCAAGUUUGAUGAGACUUCAUGUCAAUCUUUUCCACAGGGUAAUCUAGAGAACAAGAUCAGAAACGUAUCGGUUUUGAGAGAUUUGGGAUUGCCUAGGAAGUUGUUAUUCCGCUUGCUCAUCUCUGGUGAUGGACCUGUCUUUGGUAAAGAAAAAUUUGAAGAAUCUCUCAAGAAAGUUGUUGAGAUGGGUUUUAACCCAACCUCUGCAAAGUUUCUUGAAGCUCUAACCAUUGUUCAAGGGUUGAGUGAUAAGACAAUAGAAGAAAAGGUCAAUGCGUAUAGUAUGUUAGGCUUUGAUGUGGGAGAUGUAUGGACAGUGUUCAAGAGGUGGCCAAACUUUCUGACACUCUCUGAGAAGAAGAUCUUGAACACUGUUGAAACAUAUCUUGGCUUAGGAUUCAGUAGAGAUGAGUUUGCGAUGUUGGUUAGGCGCUUUCCUCAGGGCAUUGGAUUGUCUGCUGAGACGAUUGAAAAGAAGACUGAGUUACUGGUUAGAAAGAUGAAUUGGCCUCUAAAGGCUCUGGUUUCAAACCCUGCGGUACUUGGAUAUAGCAUGGAGAAGAGGAUUGUACCAAGGUGUAAUGUAAUCAACGCUCUCAUACCCAAAGGCUUGAUAGGAAGUGAACUCCCUUCGAUAUCGUAUGUCUUCAUAUGUAGCAAUGAGGUGUUUUUAGACAGGUAUGUGAAGAAGCACGAGGACAAGAAGCUGGUGACUGAGUUGAUGAGUAUCUAUAGUGCUUCAUAGAUCACAAGGCAUGUCAAGGAUUCUGGUUCUAUUUUUCGAAUAUCUUAAAAUCUCAAUUUUAGACUUUUUCAAAUAUCAAUUGAUCCCUAUUAAACUGUUUCCCUCUAAAUGCUUAACUUUGUAAUUCUGAGUCUCUUUUCUGAUAUACUACUACAGCAGUUAGUUUCCAAAUUUUUUCUUUAGUUUUUGGUUUCCUGAUAAGCUUAAUUUCACUUUAUUUGUUUUGAGUUUUGGGAUUGGAGUACAGAGAAUCAUAGCUAGUGAUACCAAAACCCUCUUAUGAUACUUUAAAAUCUUUGCUGUAUGUAUUAUUGGCUCGUGGAUUGGUCAUGUAUGCUCUGCCGUUGCUUUAUAUAUUCUUUGAUCAUAUGUUCAUCUGAUUAGUGGAAUGUUUUUAUUAUGAGAUUGGUGAUCCUGGUCUUUAGUUGCUAUGUUGUUUCAUACAUGUUUUCUGUGAGCUUUAUGGUACAUUGUCUUAAAUAUUGUCAGGGCAAUAGAAAGUUAUCCUACAUUAGGACUCAUAAAUCAGAUUAUAUCAUCUACUCCAAAUUGGUAAAAUCUAAUGUCUGGUUUUUACACUUUUUACUGAAUAUGCCUGGGCUUUAGCGAUGGCUAACGACCACAGGGGUGAACAUACUCAAGCUUUCUCUCUUUGACUCACAAGGAACUUGAGAAUGAUACUCUUGGCGCAGAAGAGAGUCUCAGAGUACUUUUCUUUGGUUUGUGAUUCUCAAGUGAAACGUCAGCCACAGGAGAAGCUUACCGAGGUGAAAACUGAUAUGGCACAAGCAAAGUAGGAAGCUCAGAAGAGACGAGAAAUGUUUCAGAACAGCUCUUUGAAAACCUGAAAUAUUGCUUGUAAAUGCUUGGUAUAUAGAGUCGAGCUCGGUUUUAAGGGUAAAGAUAAAGUCAAGCUACAUUACAAUAAAAAGGUAAAGGAGGUGCAAUUUAGCAAAAGCUGUCGCUGGGGAGGAACAAAAAAAAUCGAAGGCCUUUUACUUUACUUCUCAGAGCCAGACAAAUGGAAGGUUGGUCGAAUCGCAGAGAUGGCGUCAUUCGAGUUUUUUUGAGCUAAAGGAAACUGCUUUGUCCAAUUCGUUCACUUCUGUUGCUAGUGCUGCUGCUGAUGAAGUGAGUCUUCAAGAUAAUGAUCUUUACUCUCGUUGGUUCAUUGGGUUUAACUACAAAGGUCGCAUAAUCGAUCUCAAGGAAGGUUAGCUUUGACAGGACAAGGAUAAUCCGGAUUCUGUUUUGAGUCUUCUUAUGAGUCAUCGGUUCACAGAUUCUCAGAUCUAAAGCAUCGUUACAGAUUAUCCACUACUGCUUAUAGCAAAUGCUGAGAAGUGACUUGGUCCCAAGCUUCAGUUUUUGCAGUCUACAGUAGCUUCAAGCUCUGAGCUCAGCAAGACUGUUUCUACAGUUCCGAAAAUCUUGGAAAAGAAAGGGGGCAAAACUAAGCAGAUAUUAUGAUUUUGUAUAGAGGUGGACAAGGUUUCUAAGUACAAAAAGUUGUGUAUUGACGGCUAUCUUCACCGGAGAUCAUGCUACAUAGAUCUUAAGGCACACCCACAACAACGACCAGUAUCAAUAUAUUCGUCGUGAAGAGUUUUAGUCAGUUAAUCUGUGAGGCACACCCUGUUUCCUCUAAUUUGCUAUAAGAAUCUAUUAACUUUUGUAAUUCAUUUCGAGUUCUUGACCAAAAAAACUAUUAUAGAACAAACAACGUAAUA